CAUGCAAGACGUCGUGUCUAUUGUCGACAAAACGUUUCAAUCAUGAGAAGACUUCGGCAUGAUUUUGUGGUAUUCUUUGUUAUAUGGUCAAUAUCUCUCUUCAAUGGAUUUGCACAGGAUACUAACACUGACAAUAACAUUAUCGCUAAAAAGAACGUGGUCCUCAUUUUGGGCGACGAUGCGGGUUUCGAGAUGGGAGCCUAUAACAACACGGCCUGCAAGACACCAAAUUUUGAUAAACUUGCCUCCAGGGGUGUAACGUUUGAUAACGCCUUCACCACCGUCAGCAGCUGCUCGCCAAGCAGGUCCGCCCUGCUGACGGGUCUACCUCCACACCAGAAUGGUAUGUUCGGGCUCCAUGACUUCAACAUGAAUUCCUUCAGCACCGUGAAGAGUCUGCCGAUGAUUCUCCAUGAAGCUGGCAUCAGAACAGGCAUCGUGGGUAGAAAACAUGUCGGCCCUGACUCGGUGUACAAGUUUGACUAUGAGCAAACAGAAGAGAAUAAUCCUAUUAUACAGGUUGGGCGAAACAUAACAUUGAUGAAACAGUAUGUUCAGGAAUUCCUGUCACAAAAUGAUUCCAGACCUUUCUUCUUGUAUAUCACAUACCAUGACCCUCAUCGAUGCUCGGACAUCCCCACGUACGGCCAGUUCUGUGAGAGGUUCGGCAAUGGAGAACCAGGCAUGGGAAACAUACCGGACUGGACGCCGGUCAAGAACUCUCCCGAUGACGUCACGAUACCUUUCUUUCUACCUAACACCACCGCGACCCGAGUCGACAUGGCCAAUAUGUAUACCGCGUACAGCAGAAUGGAUCAAGGUUUGGGCUUAUUUAUGGAGCUGCUGGAAAAGGCGGGCGUCAUGAACGACACCCUUGUCGUGUACUCCUCCGACAACGGCAUCCCAUUCCCUGGAGCGAAGACCAACCUGUACGACCCUGGGAUGAGGGAACCGCUGAUCAUAUCCUCCCCACUGCAGACACAGAGCUGGGGAAGCAAAACGGAUGCCAUGGCCAGUUUAAUUGAUAUUGUACCAACGGUUUUGGACUGGUAUUCUGUUAAGUACCCAACUUACAGGAUAAAACCAUAUCUCCCUCCCGCCGUUCUCACCGGCAAAUCACUGCUUCCGGUUUUGGAAUAUCCUUCCGCGACCCAGCUGCCCAAUUUUGAUGCUGUCUUCUCGAGUCACAACUUCCACGAAAUAACCAUGUAUUUCCCAAUGAGAGUCAUUCGCACAGUAGAGAAGUUCAAAUUGAUACACAAUCUCAACAUGGGGCUCUCCUUUCCCAUCGCUACGGAUCUGUAUCAGGCGCCAUCUUUUCAAGAAAUUCUCAACAACACGAAAUCCGGGAAGCCUACGUACUGGUACAGGACUCUAGGCGACUACUAUCACCGUGCGCCCUUUGAACUUUAUGACCUUAACCUUGACCCCAAGGAACAGAUGAACCUAUGCAACGAGCCAUCUCUGUUUGCCAUUCUGGAUGCACUGAAAACGAGGCUACGUGCGUGGCAGAAUGCCACUCACGACCCCUGGUACUGCUAUCCAGGAGCUGUCUUAGAGAGAACGUACUGCGGGCCUCUGUACAAUGGUGAAUAUUGAGUAAAGAAAAUGUACAAUCGCCGUUAUAGUGGUUUCUGUUCUGCAGUACUGUCUUCUAUUUUGCUUCUGUUAAAGCUGUGGGGCGGUCGGGUAGCCUAGUGGUUAAAGCGUCCGCUCGUCAUGCCGAAGACCCGGGUUCGAUUCCCGAUAUGGGUAUAAUGUGUGUACAAUGUACAAUUUCUGGUGUCCCCCGCCGUGAUAUUGCUGGAAUUUUGCUAAAAGCGGCGUAAAAUCAUACUCAGUCAGUCUGUUAAAGCUGUAAACUAAAACACUACAAAAGACGCAACUCUCGUUCACUCUCUCACAAGUACGUUGCUGUGAUGAUUCAGCUAAUGAAUUGUAUUUAAUGCCGUUAGGUUGAGUUUGUGUCAUUAUACAUCUGCUUUGCUGAUUUCAAACAGAAACAACUCUUAAUUCAAAUAUAUGACAACACACAAAUACAAGCAAGUGAUUUUAUUAUACGUUCAUUUUCAUCUAU